AUCCCUUUGCUACAUUCCAGAAGGAGUGCAUACCUAUGUUAACGUGAACAGGACUUGCAGCUGGGGAGGACAGAAAGGCCGACAAAGUAACUAGUUGAUUCGUUCCCGGUUUUCAAUCCUGCGCUCGACCAUGGCCUGCAAAACAGAUCCGGUGCCCGGAGCCAAUUGUUCUCUUUACACCAGCUUGUGGGAUUUUCAAGCCCGAACCAAAACGGAGUUGACUUUCCAAGCAGGGGACUUGUUUGAGGUGAUUCAGAAGACCGGAGAAUGGUGCUGGGCCAAGCAGGUGGAUGCUCAGGGAGGAAGAAGCGAGGAAGGCUACGUUCCCUACAACUAUCUCGCCAAGAAAGAGACGGUAGAGACGGAGCCGUGGUUCUUUGGGCAAAUCUCUCGCUCAGAAGCGGUGCUCCGGCUGAUGUCGGAAAAAAACAAAUCCGGUGCUUUCCUGGUUCGGAUCAGUGAGAAAAUUGGAGCGGAUUUCGUACUUUCAGUCCGCGACGGCAACCUGACCAGACAUUACAAGAUCUUGAGAGACGGCGAAGGGAGGUUCUACAUGAACGGAACGAGGACGUUCCCUGACCUGCUCACCCUGGUGACGUGUUACAAGGAAAAGGUUCUUACUCACGGCUUGAAACUUCUGGCGCCCUGCUACAAGCCGGAGCCAAAGGCCAUGCCGCACUGGGACAAUUGGGAGAGGCCCAGAGACGAAUUCCGUCUGAUCCGGAAGUUGGACUCAGGCUCCUUUGGAGAAGUCUACGAGGGACUUUGGAAAGAGAAAGUGAAAGUUGCUAUCAAAGUGUUAAAGAGAGCCGAUCUGACGUGCCAGGACACCUUCAGAAAUGAGAUCGAGGCCCUGAGGUUGUUGAAGCACAAAAAUAUUCUUUCUCUCUAUGCCAUCUGCUCGGCCGGGGAUCCCGUCUACAUCAUCACUGAAAUCAUGACCAAAGGGAACUUGCUCGCCUUCUUGAGAGGUCCAGAGGGGAAACAGAUGAAGCUGGUGGAACUGGUCUGCUUGGCCUCCCAGGUGGCCGAGGGGAUGAGCUACCUGGAAUCGCAGAAUUUCAUACAUCGGGAUUUGGCUGCCAGGAACGUCCUGGUGGGAGAAAACUAUAUUUGCAAAGUGGGAGAUUUUGGGAUGGCCAGGCUGAUCGAGGAAGAUAUCUACCUCUCUUACACCCAGAGCUUUCCUUACAAGUGGACCGCACCGGAAGCCCUUUCCUGCGGAUGCUACUCCAUCAAAUCGGACGUGUGGUCCUUUGGCAUCCUCCUGUAUGAAAUCAUGACCCGCGGGCAGAACCCGUAUCCAGGCAUGAGUAACUUGGAGGUCUCCACCAAGGUUCAAAAUGGCUUCCAGAUGCACUGCCCGCCCAGGUGCCCCCCUGUCAUGUACUCCCUAAUGUGCCAAUGCUGGAACCUGGAUCCCAACCAAAGGCCGGACUUCCAGAACAUCAGAGAACUCCUCCGGAACUUCACCAGCUAUGAGAACUUUGAAGCUUUCUCUUAAACUGCCCUUCAGGGCAGAAGUGGUGCCCCCAACACACCAUCACCUGACCACAAGGGGUAGAGGGUAAGAUCAAGGUGAUUGACAAAUUAUCCUACCAUCAGCCCUGUUGGGAUGUAGGUUUAAUCCAAAAGGCUUUGAACCUAGAACGAAAGAGACAUUUCCUAAAGGUGAGAGUAGGCAACCAAUGGAACAGCUUGACUGUGAUGACCCAGGGCGGGAUGCGAAACAAACA